UGCCUAUAUAAGUGAAAUUUCUCCUAUGGGGCCGCAAUGGAUGCGAAAAUUUGGAGUAAAUUUGUGCAGGUUCUACACCUUGUUCCUUUUAUUUGAGGAGGGUCAAAGCUUGAACGCGAGCGCACUCGUGUCGUGCGCUACAACGAAAUAUCUUCGCUGGGUGCCAUCUUGGACGCGAGCGCUGGAGAUGAGUGGCUUCAGUGGAUGUGCUGCAUCCGAGCUGAUCCUCUUGAGCGACUCCAGUGAAAUGGUCCUCUCUUUGGAUGAUGGCUCUGGCUCAGUGCAGCUCUUUCAACAACGAUGUGAACCAGUCGUGCUGACUCUGGUAUCUCCGCUGUCCAUUUGUGGUUAUCGAUUUCAGACUGCCGCAGGGUCUGACCUCCAGGACCCGUUAGGUUUUGCUCUGCAUGGCUCAAUGGAUGGUUCCAACUGGUUAAUCUUGCACGAAGAGCCAAACUACAACACCACAAGAUCCAGAAGCACAACCAGCGAUCUUUUCGAAAUAUAUGUCCAAAACAUCUCAUUGGAGGAGGUGAGUGUCCAAAUGAUCGUUUUUUCAACCUCCGCUGCGCGUGCCUGGGCCCAUGAGGGCCCUUUCCUUGCUGCAGAGUAUGCCAUUGAGGAGUUUCAGUUGCUGGCCGCUGGGGCAAUCCUGGAUCUUUACGAUGCGGCGGUGGAGGUUGGUCCCAAUUUCACCAUCAAGCGGUGGGGUACAACCACAUCUACCAGCAGCACUUCCACUAUCAGCAGCUCAAGCAUUAGCAGCACGAGCAUCAGCAGCACGAGCAUCAGCACCACCAGUGGCACCACAACGUCGACGUCCACAAGAACCAACACCAGCAGCACCACCGCUACAUUCACCAGCAGUUCUGUCACUCAUAGCACAUCAAGAUCCAGCACCUCGACGGUCAGUGAUACCACCUCCUCAUGGCUAAGCUCCACCUCCACAUGGCCAAGUUCCACCUCCACUUUCUCAACCACCUCCAGCGCAACUGGUACUAGCAGCAGUUCCAGCACCGUCAGCUCCAGCAGCAGUAGUUCCACCACAAGCACCUCCACCAGCACCUCCUCCAGCUCCAGCAGCACUUCCACCUCAAUCAGCACCAGCACCUCAGCCACCACCAGCUUGACAAGCACCAGCAGGACCUACUGGACCUGGACCAGCAGAACAUGGACCUGGACAGGCUUUUCAACCACACGAACCUGGGUUACCUGGACGUGGACCAGCAGAACCAUGACCUCCACAUCCACCAGAACCACAUCCACCACCACGACCAGCAGCGUGUCCACCACCAGCACAUCCACCAGCAGCACGUCCACCAGCAGCACGUCCACCAGCAGCAUGUCCACCAGCAGCACGUCCACCAGCAGCCCGUCCACCACAAGCACAUCCACCAGCUGGACAUCCACCAGCAGCACAUCCAGCACCACAACCAGUAGCACCACCAGCACCGUCCCUAGCACUAGCACUCGGGUCACAAGCACUUCGUCGUCCGCGACCCGCACCACUGGUACUGCCAGCACCAGCUCAACCACCUCAUCAACAGCCAGCACAAUUACCAUGACCUCCUCCAUCACCCGAAGCACAAGCACUUCCACCAUAUCCACCACGACCCGGUCGAUCACCACCUCCAUCAGCUCAAGCACACUGACGACAACCAGCUCGACCCCGAAAAGAGGCCUGGGCAGCAGUUAUCUUCGUGUUGAUCUCGGUUCGCCUGUCAUGCUCCAAGCAUUUAGGUUCAUCACCAGCAGUGGGUCGAUUGAAAGAGACCCAGUCCAGUUUGCUGUUUGGGGGUCGGCUGACAACGUGUCCUGGAUCCCCUUGUACUUUCAGAAUGACAUCAGUGCGGUGCCAACCACCCGGAGCACGCCAACAGCAUGGUAUGCCAUCUCCACUACGACCACCACUAGUACCACUACCACUAGUACCACUACCAUCACAGUCACAACAACGACCUCCUCUUCCAGCACUUCCUCAUCAGUUUUACCCUUUGAUGAGGCAUUGCAGAAUGCUUUGGGAAACCUGGAGGCUUCAAAACUGAGCUUUUUGGGUUUGCUGGAUGGCCUGAACACCAACUCCUCCACUGGUGUGUUGGCCCAGAGGGUGGACGUCCAGGAGGACGGCACGGUGCUAGUUGGGGUGGCCAUCGCGGUCCCGGAGGACGGCAGCCCGGUGGCCUUCGGCUAUGGCAACAUCAGUGUGGAGGUGCCAUCGGCCAUCCUGGAAAGCCUGGGAGCUCCGGGCGUGGCCGUCAUGGGGCUGCUGCCGACCACCAGCCCACUUUUCAACCUGCUGAACAGCAGUGAGGGUGGCAUGCAAUCGGAUAUUCUGAGUCUUGAUCUCUUUGCCAAUGGGACAGCAAUGAAAGAUUUGGUGGAACCAAUUCAGUUGACCCUGGUCAGUGAUGGCAGUCAACCAGCAACAUGUGCAUAUUUGGACGAACAAACGAAGAAAUGGUCUACCGAAGGAGUUUCCCUGGUGUCUGUCCAAAACGGGACCAUCAUCUGUGCCACCAGCCAUUUGUCGAUUUUUGGAGCCAUUCUGAAAAGUGCUUUUGCGGCCCUGGCAUGCAGCAAUGCCGCGGCCAUUUUUUCAGAGAAAGGGCUGCGCAGCUUGGGGAGUCGGCUGUGGAUCUUCGAAUGGUCCGCUAUCCUCAACUGGAUCACUCUGCUCCUUGGGGCCAGCCUAAUGGCCAGGGCUCGUAAGGCUGACCGAAAACAUCAAGGAGCGGUGGAACAGAUUCAGCUCAUCUCUGCUUUGAGGCAUGUGGACAGACUGGAGAAAUCAAGGGAUGUCAAAGGACAUCAUCAUGACAGCAUCCAGGCUCUAAUUUUGGAUGAAGUUCGUUUCCUGUUUGACACAGGUCCGAUUCGAAUCGCCUAUUCUCGGAUGCUCAGGGCACGCCUGGGAUUGAGCCUUCAAGAGCUCAAUAAAUUGUACAAACACGCAGGGCACACCUCGGUGCAUAAGAGAGCAGAAUGCUUCUUACGUGAAUUUGAAAACAGACAUAUUGGAAAGCGGAUUUCCUUCUGGUACCGUAUGAAUUGCAUCUGGUUUUCCAUUUUUCAUCCCUCCCCCAAGACCACCUGCCUGGUUCGGACCUCUGUGCUUCUGGGGAAGAUCUACAGCGGUUGGGCGCUGUCUGCCGUCUUCUAUGGAGCGAGUUCCAUUGCUCCGGGCGAGGAGGAUGGCUGUACCCCCGUAGAAGGCCUCUUGGAUCAGUUGGUUCGGGCCUUUACGGUGUCGCUGAUCUCCUCAGCUUUCGGGGCUUUGCCCUUCGUAGCGCUGGUCUUCUUCUUCUACAGAUUGAGAAAGUUACGUUUGUCGAUUCGGCGGGCAAUCUUCUGGUCCUUUCUUUUCUGCUACACUUUUCUGUGCGUUGGGGUGGUGUGCAUUUUCAUUGCUUCUGUCAGCCCAUCUGAUGCGACCAAAUGGUUCUACACCAGCCUCAUUGACCUCCUCAUGACUUGGCUGCUGCCAGUCUUGGUGUCGGCCGCCGUCCUGAUGAUCAUGUCAUUUUAUUGGUUCGAAAGCGCGAAGACGAGCAAACGCGUUGGCCACGAGGAGGCCUCCCAUCCGGUCUUGCCGUGGCCUUCUCUGGAGUCCUUACAAAUGUACGAGGUCAAAAUGGGCUCAUUGGAAGUCUUGGAGUACAAGGUCAAGAAAAAGAAACCCUUUCGGGUUACCUGUGAAGUUGCUGGGUGUCCUGACACUUCCCAAUCCUUUGAGCGGAUGCAAGAUGAAGGCUCUUAUCGUGUUUCCCAAGGUGUUUUUACAGCUUCGGAGGACAACCAGCUCCUGUUCUCGGUGUAUCAUUGGAAGGGCAAAACCCCACCAAAGCUUCGUGGGCGAGCUCUCAUUCCGGUGGCACAUCUUUUGGAUGAUGGUUUCAAUGGGAAGUUAGAUGUACAACUAGACGGCCAUAGCGUUCCGAUGAAUGUUCAAGUCUUUUUUCACAAGCCCAAGAGACCGCAAGUCCCAGCAUCGGCCUUGGUGCUUCCUUCUGAAUGGAACAUGUCAAUGACCGCCACAGAGGAUACCGAUCCGCACGCUGUGCCUGUGGUUCAAGAGGAGAAGGUGGAGCUGCCGCAUGCCGCGGAGCCUCCAGAGGCUGCGGAGGCAUCGCAACCUGCGGAGCCUGCGGAGGUCGCAGAUUCUGUGCUAGUGGCAGUGGAGGAGGAGAGACUUCUGGGUGCAGAGAAUGUGGUCGAGGUCACAGUCACAGUGGUAGAGGCAAGCGCGCAGCCCGAAGUCCAAGUGGAUGAGGAUUAUGAAGAGUUGUCGGUGCCCUCGGAACCUCCCCCUCUCUGUGCGCGUGGCAAUCUGCUGGCGCGGACGGUGACGGAAGAACUGAUCACUGUGGAUGUAGAUGCUGAGCUGUUUGACCCAAAGGAAGAGGUGGCCGAGUUGUCUCAGCCACGGCGAGAAAGUGCAGCCAGUCAACCAAGGAGCUUCUACCCAGAAGCCCCAGAGCUGUACCAGCGCGGAGGCACCACUCCUUCAGUUUCGUUCUCCGAGGAGAUUGAAGUUGAGGUCGAGCAGGAGGUGCCUCGGAGAGACUUUGGCGAUCCUCCACCAUCAGUACCAAGACUUUCGCCGCUGUCCUCGCCUCUUUCCACUUCACGGAGAUCGGCCGGACCCUCACGAGUCGAGAUCGUGGAGAAGGUGGAAGAUCCUGGCCUCAGAGACCUCUGUAGCAUUGCGGAGCAAAGACGACUAACUUCGCUGCCAACGGCCAGGGGUCAGGCGACUUGAUGUCCAGGGAUUCACCAUCUUUGGAGGUUCAUCCCUAUUGACGAUUCAAGCCCCUAUCAACCAAGCCACAUCUUUUGGUGUGGGACACAGUGACACAGUGGCGCCUUUACAAAAAAAGACGCACUGUGGCGCUCAUUUGUGUUUAGUGCAUUGAAAUCUACACAAGAGCGGUGUCCAAAAUGCUUGUUGGCUGGUGAUAAUAG